AUGCGCACGAGAUGGUUGGUACUAACGCUCUUGUUGGCGCCAAUGUGCGAGGCGGCCGAAGGCGGCAGUUUUACGUCGCUCAUACCGUUCGACUUGAGCGAUUACGGGUUUAUUCUGAACGAGAUAUUCAACGAGACAAACGCGUGCAACGAACAAAUCAAAAUUUAUUUUGACGGGCUGGAUAAAGGCCAGGACUGGGCCUGGAGAAUGCUCGAUGCCACAGCGAAGCCCCAGACAGGUCUGGCGACCGGGAACGUCCUUCACAUAGGAAAUUACGACGAAUGCCUCGUCGUCGACCACGUCCAUAAUGCAUCCCUAAGGAUAAGCGGAAAAUACUGUACCGCGCCGUUUGAUCAGAGUGUGUCAGCUUCGCAGAUCGACGACAUGUUGGGAAGGGACAUGUCGAGGAUCAGGACGUCGUUUGGCUUCUGCGUACCCCGCGCAUGCGAUUCGGCCGACCUCAACAAAGUCUUUGCCAAUUUAGAGUCUCUGGUAAUGUCGCCGUACCACCUCCAUUUUUACGACGAGCUUUGCGCCAACGGCGAUGAUCAAAAGCUCACCACGUUGGAUAUUUUUGCAGUAUCGGUAUUCGGAUUCAUUUGUCUUUUGGCCGUUCUGAGCACUAUAUACGAAUUACUGGUUUGCAAAGAUCGGAAAACGCCAAACUUAUUAGCCUCAUUCUCAUUAUACGCCAACGCGAAAAGGCUAUUUUCAACCGAAACGUCAAAAGAAUCGUUGGGAUGCCUCGGCGGCAUCAAAGCGAUCAGCCUGGCGUGGAUUAUACUAGGGCACAGGGCAUUAUACACCCUAUACGUGCCUCUAGUAAACAUGGCCGAUAUUCUGGUGGUGUUUCGUAGCAUCUUUACAGCUGUGGUAUUGACCGGAGGUCUGGCGGUCGAUACUUUUUUCCUGAUCAGCGGGUUGCUCGUAAUUUACGUAUUCUUGAACGCUCGAAGUCGAGACCCCAACGUUUCUUGGCUAGCAUUUUACGUACACCGAAUUUUGAGACUAACCCCCGCUUUAGCCGCGACGAUUUUAUUGUACUCGACCCUGCUAGACGAUUUAGGAUCAGGCCCGUACUGGUUCUUGGUUUACUAUUUCUUCCAGAAAAAAUGUGAGGACAACUGGUGGUCCACCUUAAUGUACGUACAGAACUACGUCCACCCAACCGAAAUGUGCGUCGGUCAAAGCUGGUACCUGGCGGUGGAUACCCAACUCUUCUUCGCUUCGCCUGUGCUACUUGUGGCUAUCACCAAGUGGCCGAAGACCACCGUGGGGAGCAUACUUUUGACUGUUUGCGCCUCUUCCGCGUAUACCUUCGAGGUCAGCUACGAGCGUAGCAUUGGUCCGGCCUUUUUUGGUAUGACUGACGAAAUGUUCGAGUUGAUUUACACUCCGACCCACACCAGAGUGGCACCGUGGCUGAUCGGUACGAUCCUCGGUUACAUCAUUUAUCAUUGUAAAGGGAAACGGAUUAAAUUGAGAAAGGUCGUCGUGUGGUUCAGCUGGUGCCUGCUCGCGGCAACCUUCGCCGCCGUAGUCUAUGUUCAUCAGUAUCUAGCAGAUGACGAAACUGGCGAGCUGGUCUUCGAGGCGGCCCUCUUCAACUCCACUAUCAGGGUGUUGUGGUCUCUAGCACUUAGCUUACUCAUUUUGCUCUGCGUAACUGGAUACGGAGGAAUCCUCAACGACAUCCUCUCGUGUUCAUACUUCAAGGUCUUAGCCAGGCUCACCUAUAGCAUGUAUCUCGUCCAGAUUAUCGUCAUCAUAUAUUACGUGGGUCGUACCAGGGUACCGGCAUACGGAGCCAUCGUCACCAUGGUUCACCAAUUUUGGGGAGACUAUUGCCUCACCCUUUUGGUCUCGGUACCUUGGUCGUUGCUGUUCGAAUCGCCUUUUAUGCAGAUAGGAAAGAUCGUUCUAAGAAGAAGCUAGCGCCGACACGUUAUAGUAUACAUGAUGUCAAAGGAAGUUUUAUGAGAGUGAAGUUGAUAACAAAAGAAGUCAUUUUUUAUAUACGCAUAGACAAAUAAUAAAUUGAUGAUAAAAAAUGCUGAAUAUAACGGAGUGUUAUGAAAAAAGGAGAAAUUCCCUCUACAAAAACCAUUGGGUUCGUUAUACGAAGACACAAAAUAUUUAAAAUAAAUAAAAACUGCUUUUGUACAUUC